AGGCGCGGCAGUGGGGGGACUUUUACUGUGAAGCGCUGUGGGCAGUGCGCAUGGCUGUGGCUCAUGGCGCGGUGCCCGCUGUUUCUCUCCGGCGCUGUGCGGAGCGUCUGCACUCAAAUCAGGUCAUCAGCAGCGGAUCAACACGAGCCACCGGCGCGUGCGCGCGCUCACUCACUCACUCACUCACUCACUGGCACGCGCAUCUCUUUCCGCACUCACCGACGCGACGUGUCUGGAUAAAGAGGGGCACCGGAGGAGCAGGAAACACUGCCCCAGGCUACAGCACUGAAUCAGCAGCUCAAUAAGUGAUGCCGUAGUGGAGCUUCCCUAGUGGGUGUAUAAACGCUGUACUCUUACUGAUGAGCUGGUAUGCUGAUUAGAGCGUUGCUCAGCCGAGCACAUCCUUCUGGGAACAGCAACAACUACACCUGACCUAAGUACCUGAAUAAACUCCACCUGGAUCUCUCUCUCUCUCUCUCUCUCUCUCGCCGUUUCUCGAACCUCUCUCUGUCUCUGGCAACCAUGAUCGCCUCGCUCUGGCUGGGGGGGUAACGGUGAGUUAAUUGGCGGAUUGGCGUGUUGGUUGCCGUGGUGAAGUGGCGCCGUGUUCACAGCAGCAGUGUCAGCAGUGUGAUGGCCUCGUGAGGUGAAGAUGGCAGCGUCGUGGCUGUGUCAUCCCCAGCAGCCCCAUCAGAGCGGUUAAGGAGGAAGACAACGCUCUGGGCACAGGAGCAGCAUGCAGGAGGCUGACCUACCGGCCACUAAUGCUUUCACAGAGUGCAAGUUCCUGUGCACCAAUGGCCGCUGCCUGGAUCUCAGCUCCCUGGUGUGUGAUCAACUCGACCACUGCGGAGACAACAGUGAUGAGGAGAACUGCCCCGUUUCCACCCAGCACCCUUCUCCUGCUCUGUUCUACUCUGAAUUGGAGUUUGUGCAGAUAAUAAUCAUAAUUGUGGUGAUGAUGGUAAUGGUGGUGGUGAUUAUCUGUCUUCUGAACCACUAUAAACUCUCAACCUGGUCCUUGAUGAGCAGACUGGGCCAGGCCAGGAGGCAGGAGCAGUCUCUGCAGCCGGAGGGAUGUUUCUGGCCAUCAGAAAGUGGAUCCAGACAAGGAGCUUCAGAGGUGGUCUACGCUCCUCAUCCUCGUGAGCGCUUCAGCACUCCCUCAUUCCUGCAGCGAGAUCGCUUUAGCCGUUUCCAGCCUACCUACCCUCUCCUGCAGCAGCACAUUGACCUGCCACCCACCAUCGCACUUUCGGAUGGAGAGGAGCCACCGCCGUACCAGGGCCCGUGCCCGCUGCAGCUGCGAAACCCCGAGCAACAGCUCGAGCUGAACCGCGAGUCAGUGCGAGCGCCACCCAACCGCACAGUCUUCGACAGUGACCUGAUGGACAGCCAUGGCCCGUGCCCACCUAGCACCAACACAGGCAUCAGUGCCGCCAACUGGAGUGCUCACGGACGCACGGAGGGUCCUCCACCCGCCUACAGUGAGGUCAUGGGCCACUUCCCAGGCACGGCGUUUUACCUUCACCAGCACAGCAAUAACCAGUCCUCCUCCGUGCCAACUGUGCCUGGUGCCAGGACGCGCCAGGGUAGCACGGAAAGCACAAUAGUUCUGAGCAAAGCCAAGGACAUGCAGAGAGGGGAGCUGGUGUAAGGUCAGCUCUACCUACCCUCUCCUUUUAUAGGCUACAAAGGGGUGUGGUCACUCUCUGGACACUCCCAUGCACAACAUAAAAUGCGUCUGUCUUCACUACAAAAGCAAAGCCACAUUAUAAGAAGGAACCAAGCGGAGCAAAGCUUACAAAAUAACAUUUUAUUGACUGUCUCUCUCAUGAAAAGACACAGCAAAGCUUUGUAGCGCUAUUUUGUACUUGUGUAUUACAUUCAAAUGGGAGACGAUAUUA